CGUGUUUAUACGUGUGCGUACUCUGAUACGAUUUGAGAAACUUUAUAAUCACUGACCAGUAACUGGACCCUGCAAAGAAUAGAAGAUCAGAAGCUGAAGCGAUCACGGAAAUCGGCAAUCAUACGUAGAAAGUGUUAGGAUAAGUAAGACAUGGUCGUCCCUACAGAGAAUGCCCUUCACGAGGCGAUUCAAGUAGCACCAUUGGUGCUUUCGGACAACGUAAAGCGACAUAAGAUUGAGCAAAAACUGGCACGGCUACAAUUUUCGACCACAGUUGUGAAAAAUAUCCAAGAUGUUUUUGAAUCGGAAAUGAAUAAAGGAAUUCAUCAGCAACCAUCAUCACUGCAGAUGGAGAAUACUUAUGUUCCAGAGCUUCUCGAUGGCACAGAAAAAGGUUUAUAUUUGGCAUUGGAUCUUGGAGGAACGAAUUUCCGAGUUCUUCUUUUAGAACUGGAUCAUGGUAUACCUAAACGAGAAGAAGUGAAGAAAUAUCACAUUAGCUCUGAUUUGAGAGUUGGUUCGGGGAUUCGUCUGUUUGAUUAUCUAGCGGAAUGCGUUAGUGAUUUCGUCAUUGCACAGGGUCUUCAGGAUGUAGAGCUUCCCCUUGGAUUUACAUUCUCCUUCCCGAUGAUUCAACAUUCGUUAGAUAUUGGAAUAUUAGUGACUUGGACUAAAACUUUCAAUUGUCCCGAUGUUGUUAAUGAAGAUGCCGUGAAAUUAUUGCGUGAAGCUUUGGAUCGUCGAGGAGAUACUAAAGUGAAAGUUGUAGCAAUUUUGAACGAUACCACAGGAACAUUGGUACAAGGAUCAACGUUGGAUCCUGAUACUGCAAUUGGACUUAUAUUAGGUACUGGUAGCAAUGCUUGUUAUAUUGAACGAGCUGAUAGAGUUGAGCACUGGGAGACUGAGAGACAUGGAGAACGUCAAGUCAUUAUCGAUAUUGAAUGGGGUGCAUUUGGAGAUAAUGGUGUAUUGGAUUUUAUCAAAACAGAUUUUGAUCGUGAAAAUGAUGCAAAUUCUCUUAUUGUGAAUUCUUUUACGUUUGAAAAGUAUAUUAGUGGAAAAUAUUUGGGCGAGAUUGUAAGAGUGGUACUUGCAAAAUUAUACAAAGAUGGCCUUCUAUUCAUAGGAGAUCAUACACCUGGAUCUCUUUUAGUUCCCGGCAAUCUUACCAGCGAUUUAGUAUCUGAUAUUGAACAAGACUCUGUAGAUGGUGAUUAUAAUAGUACGAAGGAAGUUUUAAUGAAGUUCGGGAUCAUUCCGGAUGAAGAUGACGUAAAAAUUGUACAAUAUGUUUGCGAAGUAGUUUCUAAUCGCGCAGCUCUUCUUGUUUCAAUAUGCCUAGCAGUUUUAUUAAAGCGAAUUGACAGAAAACAUGUAACAAUCGCUGUAGAUGGAUCUCUAUACAAGCAUCAUCCUCGACUAGAGACAUGGAUCAAACAGUACAUUCCAUUAUUAGCUCCUGAUCACAAAUUCAAGAUGAUCCAUGCUGAGGAUGGAAGUGGGAAAGGUGCUGCACUUGUUGCUGCAAUUGCACAAAGACUUCAGAAUAGAUUAGAUUAAUAGUAAAGAAAAUUUCAAAUACGCUGGCGUAUGUUUCUUGUUAGUUGCAUAAAUGAUUUGCACCAGAUCUCUAGUUAAGCAAUUGUUCAGAGUAUAGUAUAAUUUUAAAUAAUGUACAGUCACAUUCUCUAUGUUAAUAACAUCAUCGUUGUCAUUUUCAAUCUUCCAUAUUCAAAGAGUUUUUACAUAUAUUUUUAUUCAUAUUUUUAAAGUUAUUGCAUAUAUAAAUUGUUAUCGUGAAAAUAUUCUAAUUGAAAGCAUUUCAUUAUUCACUUUGAAUCAUAUAGUGAUAUUUAAGAAAGAAAUAAAGUUAUAAAUUGUAUUUUUAUGAAAAAAUCUUUAGAAAAUAUAAUUCCUAAAAGGAAUUGAUAUUGAUUUUAUCAUACAUCUUUGAAUGUUUGUAUAUUUUGCAUAAAAUGCUACAAUUUUACAAUUUUUUUUGGAAAUCAUAUCCUGAAUGCUUAUGUUCGAAUAUUAGAAAUCAUUUUUCUUAAAUUGUUCAUAUAUUCUAAUAUUCGUAUUAUUAUUAAUUAAAUAGUUCUUUUUUAUUAUUGAUACAUAACAUCAAUUUGAUCUUACUUGUUGAAAAUUUUUAAAAGCUCUUAGGAAAAGAAAAUAUAUUUCAUAAAUUGAUAUUUACAAAGUCAGAAUUUAAUAACUUUUAUAGAAAGUAUUAUCUUAGUCAGUGAAUUAUUAUAAAAUUUAUAUAAUUUAAAAGUGUCAAAAAUGGGUCACUUAUUGUUAUAGUAUAUUAUAAUAAAAUGUGAUAUGUAUGAGUGUAAUUGUAUAUUGUUUAAAAGAAGAUAUAUUCACAAUUAAUGUUGUGAGAGUGAAUAUAUCUCGAGUAUUGUAUUCACAUUAAGAGCGAAAGAAUCGUGAUAUGGAUCAUUAAAUAAAAGCAUUGAAAUAAAAAGACAGGAAAAAGUACAAAAUAAGAAAAAAAUGGCGUAAGCAUUCGAGAAUACAAAUGUUUGUAUAAUAUGUUGUUAUAUCUUGUAAAUGAUUGUGAGAAUAUUCGGUUUUUUGUACUAGCGGAACGAGAUUAUUAUAAUAAAAUUUGAAGUGAAAAUCAAGAAA